UGGCCCGUGGCCAGGCCGUGCAGAAUGGGAAGUGCUGCUCUUAACAAAGGGGAAUUGAACAGCCCAGCUUUGGGAAGUGGAGAGAGAAAAGCAAACAAACCAGGCCUGGCAGAGGGUCUCCGGGGCACCUUGAUAACGGCCUGGGGAACUGGGAAUUCCGUUGGUUUGAUUUUUUUUCCCCCAAUACUAGCAGGCAAGGACAAUUGCAGAGAUAUUCCAAAACAGAGAAUAACCGACAUCUGUUUGGCUCUGGAGUAUGCUAAGUUUUAAAAAUCAUAUUUACUUUAUUAAUUGUGUCAGCCUUGGGCUAAUAUUAACAUGCAUUUCCUGACUGGGCAGUUGGGGGUGGCACCCAGCUGGCAGGGCCACAUCGUCAGCCUGGGAGUGAACAGGAUUCAGAGAAUUGAGAGCAAAUCCUGGAGACCUGGUUCCCGGGACUUAACACUCUGUGUGUUUGAUUGUCCCUCCCUUUUAGUAUCUGAGUGAUGACGUGUGUCCCCACGAAGCACCCCACAGCAACGGGCAUUUAGCAUGGGCUGAGAAGCUGGACCUGCACGGAGGGCUGGUAGAAAUGGGUUCCUGGCAGAGUCCCAGGCAGUUGGUGUCAGCAAGGAGGAGAGGCCUGGGCAUCUGGAGCAGGGCUGAGACGACCCAGUUCUGGAAUGUGUGAACGGGCCGGAGCCCUCCCCGCCUGGCCCACCAUGGUCCAGAGGCUGUGGGUGAGCCGUCUGCUGCGCCAUCGGAAAGCCCAGCUCCUGCUGGUCAACUUGCUGACCUUCGGCCUGGAGGUGUGCCUGGCUGCGGGCAUCACCUGUGUGCCACCCCUGCUGCUGGAGGUGGGGGUGGAGGAGAAGUUCAUGACCAUGGUUCUAGGCAUCGGUCCAGUGCUGGGCCUGGUCUCUGUCCCACUCCUAGGCUCCGCCAGUGACCACUGGCGUGGGCGCUAUGGUCGUCGGAGGCCCUUCAUCUGGGCCCUGUCCCUGGGCGUCCUGCUGAGCCUCUUCCUCAUCCCGAGGGCUGGCCGGCUGGCAGGCCUGCUGUGCCCGGAUACCAGGCCCCUGGAGUUGGCCCUGCUGAUCCUGGGCGUGGGGCUGCUGGACUUCUGUGGCCAGGUGUGCUUCACUCCACUGGAGGCCCUGCUCUCUGACCUCUUCCGGGACCCAGACCACUGUCGCCAGGCCUUCUCUGUCUACGCCUUCAUGAUCAGCCUCGGGGGCUGCCUGGGCUAUCUGCUGCCGGCCAUUGACUGGGACGCCAGCGCCCUGGCCCCCUACCUGGGCACCCAGGAGGAGUGCCUCUUCGGCCUGCUCACUGUCAUCUUCCUCACCUGUGUGGCAGGCACCCUGUUUGUGGCCGAGGAGGCAGUGCUGGGCCCUGCCGAGCCGGCAGAAGGGCUGUCGGCCCCCUCGAUGCCGCCCCACUGCUGCCCGUGCCGUGCCCGCCUGGCUUUCCGGAACCUGGGCGCCCUGUUUCCCCAGCUGCACCAGCUCUGCUGCCGCGUGCCUCGCACUCUGCGCCGACUCUUUGUGGCCGAGCUGUGCAGCUGGAUGGCGUUCAUGACCUUCACGCUGUUUUACACGGACUUCGUGGGCGAGAGGCUGUACCAGGGUGUGCCCAGGGCUGAGCUGGGCACCGAGGCCCGGAGACACUACGAUGAAGGGGUCCGGAUGGGCAGCCUGGGGCUGUUCCUGCAGUGUGCCAUCUCCCUGCUCUUCUCUCUGGUCAUGGACCGGCUGGUGCAGCGAUUCAGCACCCGGGCAGUUUAUCUGGCCAGCGUGGUGGCUUUCCCUGUGGCUGCCGGUGCCACAUGCCUGUCCCACAACGUGGCCAUGGUGACCGCCUCGGCCGCCCUCACUGGCUUCACCUUCUCCACCCUGCAGAUCCUGCCCUACACGCUAGCCUCCCUCUACCACCGCGAGAAGCAGGUGUUCUUGCCCAAAUACCGAGGAGAUGCUGGAGGUGGCACCAGUGAGGACAGCCUGAUGACCAGCUUCCCGCCGGGACCCAAGGCCGGAUCUGCCUUCCCCAAUGGACACGUGGGUGCUGGAGGCAGCGGCCCGCUCCCAUCUCCACCCGUGCUCUGCGGGGCCUCUGCCUGCGAUGUCUCCAUGCGGAUGGUGGUGGGUGAGCCACCUGAGGCCAGGGUCGUUCCAGGCCGGGGCAUCUGCCUGGACCUUGCCAUCCUGGAUAGUGCCUUCCUGCUGUCCCAGGUGGCCCCGUCCCUGUUUAUGGGCUCCAUCGUUCAGCUCAGCCAGUCUGUCACUGCCUAUAUGGUGUCGGCUGCAGGCCUGGGUCUGGUCGCCAUUUACUUUGCUACACAGGUAGUAUUUGACAAGAGCGACUUGGUCAAAUACUCGGUGUAGAGUGCUUCUGAUCCACUGAGGGAGGGCCCCCUUCCCGUCUCCAGUCAGCCCCAUAGGCUGAGGGCUGGCCUUCCAGUUUCUGUUGCUGCCAAAGUGGUAUGGCUCUCUGCUGCCACCCCGUGGCCAUCAGGUGCAUAGCUGCACGGAUAGGGGACUGGGACCCCCCCCUCCAGUCUUAGGGCUGACUGAUGGUGGCUCUCCCGGUGGGCUUCAGUCUGGACUUCUACAGGGAGGCCAGAAGGGCAGGGCAUUUGAUUAGCUCUGUGCACUGGAACGCAGGACUCUGCAGGGGAAUCAUCCAGGCUCAGGGUUAACAGCUGGUGUCCUGGUCUAGACACCCAGAGAAGGGAUUUGGGGAGUGGAAUAAACUGGGCUCCCACCUCCAAGCUCCCUUAUCCUGUA